AUGUCUUUUACUCAGUUUGGAUAUUCGUACAAUGGCAACUCUCAGUUUUUGGUUUCUGCAAACCCCAGCGCAACUUGUUAUGAUUCUGCACCAGGAUCCGUAUCUGAAGUCCCUCCUGGCACAGCUCUGAACGCAGGUCUCUGCUAUCCAUCUUAUGAAAAUAGACUGCUUCUCAGCACAAAAACAGAUCUCAAUGCACCUCUGAGGGUAUAUAAUCCCACCUAUGCUACAGGCAAUCACAGCUAUACCAGUUACCUCCCCUACAGCACUGAUCAUGUAUCUUUACACCCUAAUCUGAACUCACAAUAUGAAAUAAAGGAUAGUUCCAGUUGUCUACAUUCAGGGUUAACUAAGGCUGCUGCCUAUUAUCCAUAUGAACACUCAUUGGGGAGGUACCAGUAUGACAGGUUUGGAACAGUAAAUUUCACAGGCUCCUCCAGGCGGAAAAAUGCAACAAGGGAGAACACAAGUACCCUUAAAACAUGGUUGUAUGAGCACAGAAAGAAUCCAUACCCUACCAAAGGAGAAAAGAUUAUGUUGGCCAUUAUCGCAAAGAUGACUCUCACUCAAGUGUCUACAUGGUUUGCCAAUGCAAGGAGACGGCUGAAAAGGGAAAAUAAAAUGACUUGGUCCCCAAAAAGUAAAACUGGGGAUGAAAGAAAAGAUCAGAAGGAAAAUGGAGAAGAAUUCAUCCCAGAGAAUAGAGAUUUAGGUAAACACUAA